UGCCACGGAUGGCUAUCAUAAACCAGCGGGAGUAAUCAGAUGACGAGGUCACAGGGAAUGUAACGUGGUAGGACAGGAGGGCGUACAGCAGGGCACAAUGACGAACUUUGCCCUCUCCAGCAAGCUAUAAAAGGCCCCGAGAGAACGUUUCUCCCACAACAACACCUUGAGGCUCCAAAGAAGCAGUGUCACCACCACCACCACCACCACCACCACCACAACCAUGAAGGUCUUUGCAGUGCUAGCGCUGACCCUUUUCUCCGCGUGCAACGCUGACCUGCUGUGGCAGGACCCGGCCCAGACCAGCGUCGCCACAGUCAGGGAUGCCUUCUGGGACUACGUCGCCAAGGCAACCACCACCGCGGAGGAGUCCCUCCAGCAGAUCAAACAGUCCGCCCUGGGACAGGAAGUGGACACCAGGAUCUCCGAGAGCUCCCAGGCCGUGACCCAGUACACCCUGGCCCUCCAGAACCAGGUGGCCCCCAUGACCCAGGAGCUGCUGGCCAAGCUGUCCCUGGAGGCCGAGGCCCUGAAGACCCGCGUCGACUCUGAGCUGGCCUCCGCCGGCGUGGCGCUCCAGCCCUACUUGGCCGAGCUGAAGGAGGAGCUCCAGAAGCAGAUGGACACCCUGCAGAAGGAGGUGCUGCCCUUCGCCCAGUCCAUGGACGCCGAGACCCUGAAGGCCACCGUGCAGCAGAGGAGCCAGGAGCUGAAGGAGAGGCUGGACCAGAGCCUCCAGGGCAUCCAGACCCAGAUGGGACCCCUGACCGAGGGCCUGAAGCAGAAGGUGGACCAGAGCGUGCUGGACUUCCAGAGCAAGAUGGAGCCCAUCACCCAGGACUUCCAGAGGCAGCUGGCCCAGAAGAGCCAGGAGAUCCAGCAGAGCCUGACCCCCAUGGCAGAGGAGCUGAAGGCCAAGCUGACCGUCAACACCCAGGACCUGCAGAGCCAGCUGGCCGAGCUCUGGAAGUCCUUCAGCGAGAAGAUCCAGUAAUGGAUCGAUCCCGAGACCCAUCCACAACGACACCCCCCCCCCCCCCCCCCCCCCCCUCCAUUUACCUUGUCUUGAGACACAUUGGUUAUUUAAUGUGGAAUUUAACAAAUAAAAAGUAUUCCUAAA